GGAGCGGAGUUGGAACAGCAGAAGAAGGAAGAGAAUGGCAGCCAUUGGGUCUAUCCCUUCCCUGUAUUCGAUUUCCAGAUGCAAUUCAAGUGUCACUUCUAAUUCCUCCUCUUCUCUGAGUCCUCCACUACGAUUCCUUCGUUUCCAGAGAAGCAGCGUAGAGAAUCGUUCUGUGUAUCUGAUGACUAAGAAGUCCCCGGAAUGGAGAAGGAUUAGGUCGGUUGCCGAGGAAACUGUUAUCCCAGAAGAGGAGGAGAAGGAAGACGCUCCGGUUGAUCAGCCCGUUUCGGUUCCUGUCUCACCUUCCGAUGUGCUUGCCAUGCUCUUCCAGGCAGAAGGGACAAUGGCUGAAUCUAAUGUACCAACUGUGACCAAAGCUUUACAGGAAAUAGAGGGAGUUGGUGAUGUAAAGGUUCAAGUUGUUGAGGGUAUUGCCAGUGUUGAAUUAAGUAAGCAAACAACAGUACAAGCAACAGGGGUAGCUUCAAAUUUGGUUGAGAUCAUACAAGGAACUGGCUUCAAGUUGCAAACUUUGAAUUUGAGCUUUGAGGAUGAAGAGGACGCUGCUAACUAGAAUUUGUUAAAUUCCGUCUGUAAGUACGGCUGAAGUUGCUCCAUCUUAAUUUCUUGCUCUGAUAUACUGAAACUGGAUAAUAUUCUGUAUCCACUUAUCAAGGGAAAUUUUCUCUCAAUCUCA